CCGCCUCGUGGCCCGGAAGUGCGCGCGCACCGGCGAGAUGGUGGCGGCGGGCGUCCCGCUGGGGGUCCUGCUCCGCCUCUGCCGCGUGCUGUUGUUCCUCUCCCAGUUCUACAUCUUGUCGGGCGGGGGAUCCUUAAAUUUAGAGCAGUCGCAGCCGCUGGCUCAGUCAAUAAAGGAUCCGGGCCCAACACGUACUUUCACAGUAGUUCCCAGGGCAGCAGAAAGUACUGAUAUCCCACCUUAUGUGAUGAAGUGUCCAAGUAAUGGUUUGUGUAGCAGACUUCCUGCAGACUGUGUAGAAUGCAGGACAAAUUACUCCUGUGUCUAUGGGAAGCCUGUCACUUUUGACUGCACAGUCAAACCUUCUGUUACCUGUGUUGAUCAAGACUUCAAAUCCCAAAAGAACUUUGUCAUCAACAUGACUUGCAGGUUUUGCUGGCAGCUUCCAGAAACUGAUUAUGAGUGUUCCAACUCCACCAGCUGCAUGACCGUGUCCUGUCCUCGGCAACGCUACACUGCCAACUGCACGGUGCGGGACCACAUUCACUGCUUGGGUAACCGUACUUUUCCAAAAAUGCUAUACUGCAACUGGACUGGAGGUUAUAAGUGGUCUACUGCUCUGGCUCUGAGCAUCACCCUCGGGGGGUUUGGCGCUGACCGUUUCUACCUGGGUCAGUGGCGGGAAGGCCUUGGCAAGCUCUUCAGCUUCGGCGGCCUGGGGAUAUGGACGCUGAUAGACGUCUUGCUGAUUGGCGUUGGCUACGUGGGACCAGCAGAUGGCUCCUUGUACAUUUAGCUGCGGCUCCGAGCUUCAGAGGAGCAGUGCUUCCCAGUCUCUUUGCCUGUAGGAGUUGAUGUGCUGUGAGUAAUGUAUUUGUAUGUUUUUAAUGUACAGCAUCUGUACUUUGCCUGCCUUGAUAAAGG